GGGGGCUAACGGUAAAAAAUCCCUAGCCAAUUUAAUUUCGUUGAUUAUGAUUAAACUAAUUACCGUCAAACGUUUUAAUUAGACCAUCAUUGACCAACAAACGUUUGCAACUUUUAUUGAAUAACUUCGUCAUAAGUAAGGGCCAAGUAUAGGGAGCUGCUGUGUAGACCUGUUGUUCCAUGGAGCGACCUCUGGGAUCGCGAUUCACGUGUCUAGGGUAGGGAUCCUUUAGUGAGUUUAGGGUUCAGAAGGAGGUAGAAACCGAGAUUUUAGAGACUGCAAUACGGGGCAUUUCUUGAGUGUUCUGCAGGACUAGCGAUUUGUGUCAAAGCUUCAGAUCGCCAUUUAACAAAUCAGUGUCGAGUAUACGGUACGUAUGUACGUACAUACGUACGUAUGUAUGUACGUACUACAUACGUAUGCAUGCAUACAGAAGUGAAUUUAUUUGGCGAUAUGAUCGAAAUAAGUACAAUGACCUGAAUUGUCAGCCUAGCGUAGCCGUACUUCGAUUUAAUUCGAGCUUAUCGCGCUUUAAUGUGGACGGUGGUGAUAACCUACCUUUUUUUGAAGUGAAAGUAAACCGGUUCUCCAACGUUAAGCAGAAACUUUUGAGUGAAAGGACGGCUUCUUUAGGGCUUCCGAUGGUAUCGCAUUAUUAUCUUAGCUUAUUGUUGGUGGUGAAAGUGGAAGUGAAUGAUGAAUUUAACCAAGUGAUGCCAGAUAAAAUAAAAUGUCAAAUUCUCUAAGAUAAUACGAGAGACACGAGAUUCACUAGUCACCAUCUAUAGUGAUUUUGUAAAAUGCAGAUUAGAAAGAUUCUAAUAUUAAAUAUAUUGAUCUUUGAACGUUACAAAAUAUGGUACCUUGUUCCAUUCGCCGUUUAAUCUCAAAUCACUCUGACGAUUUUGAAAAAACGUGAAAUUUAAUAUACGAUGAGUCUCCGCUCUAGCGUUUGAACUUUUUACAGAAUUUCUGUCCUAAUUUUCUCAUAGAAUGAGUAUUUGUAAACAUUAAAUUAAUUAAACGAAUAGUCCAAUUUAUAAUUUACGGUCAAGGGACACCUGUAGAAAUAGAAACAACAUAGAACUCUAAAAAAUGAAUACCGCCGUACAGGAAUGGAAUAAUGCCUGUAGACUUUGUUCUGAAGUAAAAGCAGAGAUGCUAUCAAUAUUUGGAGGCGAAGGUACCCAAAGAAAAGUCACCCUCAAAAUGAGGGCAUGCUUCCCAGUUAUGGUGUACAAAACUGACCCACUGCCUAAACAAAUAUGCCAAUUCUGUGCUGCUAGACUGGACGAUGCUUAUGAGUUCAGAGAACGUUGUCUAAGUGUCUAUAAAAAUAUGCAUCUACAACUUAUUGGUUUGAAAGAAUCUGAAACUGUUCAAAUAUUUUUGGAUGCAAUGAAGAAUUCUCCAGAUCCUUGUCAGGCACAGCUUUGUAAAGAAAAAGCAAGAGCUCCACCUCCACUGGUACCCUUAUCGGCUUCAUUAUCAGCUGAAAAAUUGCCCGGUCUAACAUCUGUGGCCAAAAAACAAGAACCAAAUGUUAGUUAUGGGUCUUUGAUUGAACUUCCAUGCGAAGUACAGAUUAAAGAAGAGCCAAUGGAUUUAGCUGAUGUAGGUGGGUCCCAUUUAGAUUCAAAGAAUAUAAUACCGGACGAACAUUUAGACCCUAUACGAUGUGAGGGUACGGAAAUCUCCCAAAAAACGGAUAAAAAGUCAACAGGAAGAGUUAAAACAGAAAGGAGAAAUCUAUUUACCAAUGAAUCCAGACUUUCAAAUACCACAAAAUCUGGUAAUGGAAGUACCAGUAUUUUGGAACAAGUUCUAACUGGAAACUUGACUGUAAAUGAUCGAGAGAACAAACCAAAAUUUAAACUAAGUUCUAAAUGGUGGUGCGCCCCAUGCAACCGAUAUUAUAGAACAAAGGCGAGCUUACGCAAACACAUACGACUCUUCUGUCCAUGUAAAUAUAAGUGUAAAAAAUGUUCAGAAGUAUUUCAAUCGGUCGAGGAGCUUGCAAGACAUGAAGGAUCUCAUCAUUUAAAAGUAAUGUUAAAUUUUCACGAAUCUGUCAACAAAUGUGAUCAGUGUGAUCGAGAAUUUGUGAGCUGGGAAAUACUCGGACAUCACAAACAGAAAGAUCACCAGCCAAUCCCUGUGACUGAAGCUCAAACUGAGACUAACACAUGGCAUUCAUCCUGUAAUCGGACUUUUCCAACUCUUGAAUCGUUCCAAAGUCAUCGGCAGCCACAUCAACCAGAUAUGAUGCCACCACUGCCUGCAACUUCUGCCCAAUUCGAAACACUGUUUGACAAGAAUCCUUUCAUGGAUAACAUUAAAUCCUUGACAUGUCCUACCUGUGGAAAGGUGUGUACACAACAGAGUGCAUUAUCAAAUCAUAUGCGAACUCACGAACCGAAAAAACAUAAAUGUGAAAUCUGUGGACGCUCGUUUGGGUUGUUCAUUCGUUUAGCAGCACAUAGGCUCAGCGAACAUAAUCAGCAACCCAUAAUGUCGCCUAUUAUGGCCAGUGUUGAACAAGAAGAAGCAUUGAAUGCUGAAAGAGAGGCUCGGGAAGCCAGAGAAGUUGGUGAAACAGCUGGUGGCUUAGAAAACUACUCGAAGGAGUCUGAUGAUGAAGGAUUAUAUAUGGAUGACUUAGCUCAUGCGAGUAUGAUGUCCGGUAAACACUCAAAUGUUGGUAGAUCAAAAAACGUGGCACGUUGUGGAAUUUGCUUGCAGUGGUUCAAUGAUCAUACUACUAUGCUGACCCAUUUGCAAACUCACUCUGAAAGCUAUGUCUCUAAGAACUUUAGCUGCCGCAUCUGCAAGAAAAUGUUUAAAGAAAAAUGGCAAUUUCAACGUCACGAGGCUUCCCAUAAACGUGCGAAUAAAAUAACUUUGUACACGUGUUCAACCUGUAAAAAAACCUUCAAAGAUAAAGCACUGCACAAGGCACAUGAAGUAACGCACGUUGUGGAUAAAACGUAUCACUGCCCAAGGUGUAACAAAAUAUUUUUCAAAGAAGUCUCCCUCGUGACGCAUCAGUGUGUUUCGGGUAAACCAACAUUUGGAAAACGCGGUUCAAAUUCCAAGACUGCCUCCAAGGGUACUCUUAACUUCGGCGCUUUCAAGAAGUACAAGUGUUCCAAGUGUAAUGCAACCUUCAACAAUUCUCAAUCUAGAAAUUCUCACAUGAGGGUACAUACGCAAGCACACGCAAUGCUCCAGAUGCGGAAGAAGGAAUUGAAAAGAGAGCUAGAAAUGAAUAAAGCAGUGCCAAAUUUGAAAUCAGAAGAAGAGUCACCAGGUACAUCACUACCGGCAGUCAUGGAACCUCUUGUAGAAGUCAAUGUCGAAGAUUCUCCAGUGUUACCUGCCAUGAAGCGGACUCUGAUAACAACUGGCGGCGGUUACCGCUGUGGUGUUUGCCAAUCCCCGUUCGUUCUGCGAGAACUGGCGGUAGCACAUCUGAGAUCGGCUCACCCAGCGGCGACGUUUCAUUGUCAACAUUGCAAAAAACAGUUUUCAACACGUUACACAUUAGCACGUCACGUCGAGACGGUCCAUCCAAACGAAUCGGAAAAGUAAUCGCUGUAGUGUGAUAUGUAGAUAUGUAUUACAUAUUUAUGAACAUAUUUACUGGAUUAGUGGAGUCUGCAAUAAUACGUUGCCAAGCGGUUGGGAGCCACUCUUCUUUAUACAUUGAAUCUUCUUUCACAUCAGAUGAUAAAUAAAUGUUGAAAAGAAAUAUAUGAUUAGUGCAAAAAAAUACACGAGUAUUUU